AUGCCUCCAAUACUAAGCUCAAUCAUUAGAGACGAAAUUAAACCCAUUGAUGGUGCUUCAGAUUCUCAAUUAUCCGCUAUCGAUGGAAUAGCUAAAGAAUUUGAUUUAACUGUCGAAAAACUUUCAGAAAUUGUAAACCAUUUUUGUAAUGAAAUGGAUAAAGGGCUCGAAAAAAGUGGAAUGACUGUUGCAAUGAUUCCUAGUUUUGUGACUGGUAUCCCAACUGGUAAUGAAGUUGGCACUUUCCUCGCUUUAGAUCUUGGAGGCACAAAUCUUCGUAUUUGCGAAAUUGCUUUUGAAGGAAAGGGAGUUAUAAAUGUAAAACAACAAAAGCAUAAAGUCACUGAAAACCUGAAAACUGGACCUGCAAAUCAAUUAUUUGAUUUCAUAGCUGAUUGUAUUGAUAAAUUCUUGUCUGAACUUGUAACAGUACAAUUCGAAAAUGAUCAAUCAGAAAAUGACAAAAAAUUUAAAAUGGGCUUCACUUUUUCGUUUCCUGUUGAACAAACAGCCAUCAAUAAAGGGACUUUAAUAAAAUGGACGAAAGGAUUUACAUGUCCAGAUGCUGAAAAUAAAGAUGUGGUGUUUAUGCUUCAAGAAGCAUUGAAACGCAAAGAAGUUCCUGUUGUAGUUGCAGCUUUAGUCAAUGACACUGUAGGUACCCUUUUAUCUCAUUCUUACAAAGACCCCGAUACUCUUAUUGGAAUUAUUUAUGGUACUGGUACUAAUGGAGCAUACUUUGAGGAUAUUCCCAAAAUCAAAAAAUUAAAUAAAUAUUCGAAUGAUUCAGAAAAAAUGAUUAUUAACAUAGAAUGGGGUGCUUUUGAUAGUGAGAAAAAAGUUCUUCCACUCACAAUGUUCGACAAUAAACUAGAUCGUGAAUCGAAUAACCCACAUUAUCAAAUAUUCGAAAAAAUGAUAUCUGGAAUGUAUCUUGGAGAGAUAACGCGAAAUAUCUUACUACAUCUUAUUGACCGCAUGCUACUUUUCGAUGGAUACUCUUCAAAAGAGCUCAAUAGGCAUUAUUCUUUCGAGACAGAAUACAUGUCUACUAUCGAAGCUGAUGAAAGUCAUGCUUUGGAUGAUACCAAAAAAGUAUUAGAAGAGUUAUUAAACAUUCCAUCCACCACACUUACCGAUCGUCAAAUUGUUAAGAGAGUUUGUCAGAUUGUUGCUUUACGUGCUGCAAGAUUAUCUUCUGCAACAUUGGCCGCUAUUAUCACUCAUUGUGGCCGAGUUGAAAGUGGGAGCAGUGUUGGGAUUGAUGGUUCCUUAUUUGAAUUUUAUCCUCAUUUUAGUGCGCGCAUUAAAACGGCUUUGCAAGAAUUGUUUGGAACGAACGCUGAUAAAAUUAAAAUUAGUUUGGCUCGUGAUGGAUCAGGAGUUGGCGCUGCACUGGCAGCUAUGUUGACUACUAAGAAAUAG